CAGACGCGAACAGAGGAAACAGCCGGGGAGUAGUCAAACAGACUGUGGAGCGACCAGAAAGGAGGAGGAAAACGCCAACAAAGACACAGCGCCCGGGGUCGGUUGGGGUUUGCUCCUCCACGAGACCAUUAUGCUCGUCUCUGCGCCGUGGCUUGUUCUCAGGUGUCCGCUUCCCGGUCGAUGAAUGGCGCUGGUUACCGUUCAGCGUUCACCGACCCCCAGCACCAGCUCCAGCCCCUGUGUUUCGGAGUCCGGCAGUGGGGAAGAUGACCGUCGUUCACAGCCAAGAAGCAUCAGUGAAAGUUUCCUGACAGUCAAAGGAGCUGCUCUCUUUUUACCUCGAGGAAAUGGCUCCUCUCCUUCCGCAGGCUCACGCUUCACACAUCUCCGCAACAAACAUGCAGGAGACAUUCAGCAGCAUCUUCAAACCAUGUUCACGCUCCUCAGACCAGAGGACAACAUCAAACUGGCUGUCAGGCUGGAGAGUGUGCACCCUCAGAUCACGCGGUACAUGGUGGUCGUGUCCACAAACGGACGCCAGGACACAGAGGAGAGCGUCGUACUAGGGAUGGACUUCAGCCCCAUCGACAGCUCAUGCUCAGUAGGAAUGGUGUUGCCUUUGUGGAGUGACACAUUGAUUCAUCUAGAUGGAGAUGGUGGUUUCAGUGUCUCGACCGAUAACAAAAUCCAUGUCUUCAAACCUGUAUCAGUGCAGGCGAUGUGGUCCGCUCUGCAGUCCCUUCACAAAGCCUGUGAGGUGGCCCGCUGUCACAACUACUUCCCGGGCAGCCUGUUCCUCACGUGGGUCAGCUACUACCAGAGCCGGGUGUCCUCUGAUCAGGCACGCAUCAACGAGUGGAACGCUAUGCAGGACGUCGAGUCUCACCGAGCUGAUUCACCUGUCCUCUUCUCUGAUGUACCAACUGAACGAGAGCGGACAGAGCGACAAAUUAAGACCAGUUUGAGGGAAAUUAUGACGCAAAAGGAUCUUGAAAAUGUCACUAGCAAAGAGAUCCGAACAGAGCUGGAGAUGAGCAUGACAUGUAACCUCCGUGAGUUUAAGGAGUUUAUCGACAAUGAGAUGAUUAUAAUCCUAAGACAGAUGGACAGUCCAACAGAAAUAUUCGAUCAUGUUUUCUUGGGAUCAGAGUGGAAUGCAUCAAAUUUAGAGGAGUUGCAGAAUAGUGGAGUUCAAUACAUCCUGAAUGUAACAAGAGAAAUUGACAACUUCUUUCCCGGCUUGUUUGAAUACCACAACAUCCGAGUUUAUGAUGAGGAGGCCACUGACCUUUUGGCCUAUUGGAAUGACACAUACAAGUUUAUUGCAAGGGCCAAGAAAGCUGGUUCAAAAUGUCUGGUGCACUGUAAAAUGGGUAUAAGUCGCUCUGCUGCCACAGUGAUCGCAUAUGCCAUGAAAGAGUAUGGCUGGGACCUGAACAAGGCUUUUGAUUAUGUCAAAGAACGUCGAAGUGUGACCAAACCCAACCCUUCGUUCAUGAGGCAGCUGGAGGAGUAUCAGGGGAUUCUUGUGGCAAGCAAACAAAGGCACAACAAACUCUGGCGUUCUCAUUCCGACAGCAACCUCUCUGAGCACCAUGAACCUUUAUCCAAGUCUUUAGCUCAGCCCAACAGCUUGGGCCGCUCUGAUCCCCAUAACCAGGCCCCCUCCUCGGGACCGUCCGUCAAAGAGCUGCUCGAGUCUCUGGGAGCCCCACCCAACACUGUUAAACCCUCCUCCAGCCAGACUGAUCCCAAGUCUAAACAGAGCUCUUCCUGCACUGAAGGACUCACCAGUUUAUCAGCACAAAGUCUCCAAGUCCAGUCUCAGGCAUCCCAGAUGAGGCAGCCCUCCCCCUGCACCUCUCCGUGUCCCCUAUCCCCUCCCUUGUCCAACGGUGUAUGUGGUGGUGAGGAUUGCCCCUCAUUGCCUCCUGUGUCCCAGACCAGAGCGGCCACAGUCAUGCCCCCCGCCACAGGUAUAUCUAUGGUAGUGCAGUGUGUCCCUUUAGGCCAACCUCACCCCCCUCCCCUGCUGCACCACCUGCCGCCCUCACCCGCCCCUUCUCCCACCCCGUUCUGUGAGGACGAGUUGGUCAAGGUGCAAGUGGUGUUGUGUCCUAUGGUCAAACCAUUGCCAGUGUCAGUGCCUCAACCCUUCGCCAUUCAAACCCCCACCUCGCAGCUAGGACCCAAGUGUGUGUCCACAGCAUUGGCUGUCAAAAACACAGACUGUGAGCAACACUUGUGUGCGUUGUCUUUGGCAGCCCACACUCCCCCCUCCAGUUUUAUCAGCUUCCCCAGUGCCAUUCCUCAGGACAACAAAGUAUUGUUUGCUCACAGUGCUGACCACAUCAACUUCUUUAGUGCCAGGGAAAAGUUCAAGGGCAUGACUAAAGAUGGCAAGACUGCUGUGAAAAAAGAGGAACAGUCUGUGCCUCUGGAUGUUGCAAGUAAUGAAGAGAAAGAUGGCGUUACGAAAAAGGAAAUGACUGUACCUGUGCAGGUCACAGGACCUAAGCCUGACCUGCAUGUUAGCAAGUUGAAGCAGGAAGAUAUUUUAUCACAAGAGGAAGCAGGCAAUCCAAAAGAGGAAGCAAAACCCAAAGAGGAGGAGGAGGCAGCUUUGCAGCUCUACAGUGAUUGGACGAGAGGGUCUGUGCGGCGUGUUACACGGCAGCUCGAGCAGCGAAUGAGACAGGAGCAAGAGGUGCACUCCCCCUCCUCCUCCCCUCCCUCUCUUUCUGGAGGUUGGACCCAGCGGCGUACAGCCAGUGUCCCGUCUGUAAUGGGGUCAAGUGUGCAGAACGCCUCUCUCUGUCCUGAGGUGACAUUGGUCAGCCCGGUGCAAGAGGAACAGGAGGAGGAAGAUGGUGAGAUGCAUAGCCUGGGUCAAAACGAUAAAAGCACAAAAGGAGCCAAGGUCCUGCCUGCUGAGAGAUCUCUGUCUACCUCCGGUCAGUACACUGCCCACUCGCCCUUCUCCUCUGUCAACUUCCUGUGUCUGGAGGGUGUCACUGAGUUUGAGUCAGCCACAGACUGGGACUGUUCCACUCUGGCAGGGGACAUUAUAAUGAGGGAGACGUGGGAGACGCUGUGUGAGCUAGGGGCGUUCCUGCAGCAGGUGAGUGUGGGGGAGGCGUGUAAAGUGUGGCAUGUGGCUCAGGCUCGGAGCACCAGCAUCCAGAGGAGGGUCAGAGAGGUGGAGGCCCGGAUAAGACAGGCGGGGCUCACCCCUCCCUCUCUCAUGAAGCGCUCCGCCUCUUUGGCCAAGCUGGGCUGUCUGGACCUGCUGGCCAAUGAGCUGAGUGAAUGGGAGCUGACCCGCUCCUCUGUGGCCCCCUUCUCCUGCACAGAGCCUCCAGGCCACACAGUGGUCAGUGAUGAAUCCAAAAAACAGCGCGUCCACCACUUUCCCUCUUUAUCCAGCCAGCACAAACCACCCCCUGAGGAGCACGACAUCCCUCUUCAGUCCCCUCGCUCCUCCAGCCUACCUGUGCCCUCUGGACAGGACACUUCAGGACCAAACCCCACCACAGCAAGGCAGCAGUAUGGACGGACUCACCCCCUACGAAGGCUCAAGAAACGAACUGGCACCCUUUACCACACCAUGUAAAACCUCUAUGUCAAAAUGUCUGUGAGAGAAUAGAGUGCAAAGUCACUGCGAAAUUAAUAUCUAUAUGAGUAAACUACUGUAAUUCAAAAUAUUGAAUUUGAGUAGUUUUGGCUAGUAUAGGGGUUAUUUAAAUGGAGUAAAGAAAAUUUCACAUCGAAUAACAUUCUAUUACUCAUACGUUACACAUAUUACACAUUGUGUGUGUGGUGUGUGUGAUUGUGUGGUGUGUGUAUGUGUAUAUAUAUAUAUAUAUCACACACACACACUAUACAAUACAAAUAAUGAGUAUAUACAUUUCACUAGUCAAUAUUCUGAAUUCAAGUCCUUUCAACACAAUCAGUAAUACAUUUUACCUUGAUCAGCAAAACUAACAAAUGCCUCUUGCCUUAAUAAAUAAGUUUGUUUGUUCCAGCAAAUCUGCCAAGAGCCUCUAUGAUGAAUAAUAUCUAUGUGGGUCAAUAGCAUUAAAACACUGUGUACUAUCUAUACCUGCAACAAUCAUUUUACAUCUUGAUAUUUUUGGCCAUUUUGGCACAGGUUAAAUUUUUAUACUAAUGCUGGUUUAUCACUUAGUUGCUGUUAUAUUUGGUUGAACGUAGCCACUUUUUCAUCUCUUUUAAAGCAAAGUUGCAAAAUUACCCAGGACCCAAUGUUGUAUUAUAAGCAGCAUAUGAGCUGUCUUUAAGAAUGACAUAACUGGAGCAUCGAAAUUUGGAUUGUGUUUUUGUAUGUGGGUACUUGGGAGGCAUGCUGUUUGUCUUUUUUUUUUUUUUUGCUUUGACUGUGUUACCUCAUAGUCUAAAAAACAAACCCUGCCCAUAUGUUAGGACAUGAUUUCUGGAAUGUCCAUCUCAAUCUGAAAUAAUCUGUCAGAUCUCUUUUCUCUUGGAUGCCACUGAAUCUAUAAAAUUGUAUGUAUUGCUUGAGAGGAGUGAAUUUAUUCUGUUUUGGGGAUGUAAAGAUCUAUAUUGUAACAUUUUAGGAGCUGUACAUGUUUUUAUAUUUAGCCAGUGUCUGUGAGUGACUGUAGCACAACUUCUACCACAUGAUAGUUUUUUGUUUGUUUGUUUUUUUUGUACACAUUGGGGGUGUGCCUCUGAUUGAUGAAGCUUCAGAGUUAUAUGUCAUACAUGCACUUUACUCCUUUUUUGUUAUUGUGGCUUUUUUAUGUAUGGUUGCUACUUUUGGGUGCAUGCUUGGGUAGUAGCAAAUGGUGUGUGUGUGUUUUAAACUAUCAUACAUGUAAAUAUUCUUUUAUAUCAUGUGUCUCAACUUUGACCAUUAAAUAAUUAUUGAAAAAUGG